AUGCAGUUACUUGCAGCUUCGGCCUUGCUGGUCGGAUUGACCACCAGCAUCUCGUUUGAAACGCUUUCGGGGCACGUCACAGUGACAGUCGAUGCGAAGACAACCCUCCUUGAGAACUGGGAGGGGUGGGGUACGUCUCUCUGCUGGUGGGCUAAUGUUUUCGGAGACCGGGAGGACGUUGCGGACCUGUUCUUCACCCACAAGGACGUCGUCACGCUGACUGGGGGGUCGCCCAGCCUCCCUGGUUUGGGCCUCAACAUCGUGCGCUACAACAUUGGCGGGUCCGGUAAAACCACGUUUGAUAGCGCUGGCACGAAGGUCGCAAUGAACGAGUCGCCAAAGAUGCCGGCGUUCAAGUUCAUCGAGACGUUUUGGGUGGACUGGGCGAGUAACGUGUCGACGAGCAAGAGUUGGGACUGGACUGCCGAUGCAAAGCAACGCCAGAUGCUGAAGUUGGCACUGAAACGCGGUGUGGAUGUCACGGAGGCGUUUUCCAACGCGCCGCCUUGGUGGAUGAACUACAACCAUGCUACUGCUGGUGGAGCUGACGGCAAGAAGGACAACUUGCAGUCGUGGAAUCACGACACCUUUGCACUGUACCUGGCUACCGUGGUGAAAGAAGCGAGUGAAAAGUGGGGCGUCAGCUUUACGUACGUCGAACCUUUCAAUGAGCCUUCAAGUCCGUGGUGGACGUUCCCAGGGGGGCAAGAAGGUUGUCACUUUGCAUUGAGUACGCAAAACAGCGUCUUGCUGCACCUUCGGGAGCACCUGAAUCGAUUUGGACUGAAAAAUGUCGUCAUUGCAACGUCCGACGAAAACUCGCCUCCGUUAGCGUUAUCGACGCUCACCUUUAUGUCGGCAUCGCCAAAUGUGAUGGCGACUUUCGGUAAGGUGAACACGCACGGCUACGAAGGCUUGAGUCCCUACCGCGGUAAAGACCGAGGCCCGUUAAAGACGCUGAUUACAAAGUCGGGGAAGAAGUUGUGGGAUUCUGAGUACGGAGAGGCGGAUGGUAGCGGACUCAAGAUGGCCGAAUCUAUUGCGCUCGACAUCAAUGAAAUGGGCGUGUCGGCAUUUGUGUAUUGGCAAGCACUGGACGGUGCAGGUUGGGGGCUCGUGCAGUCGAACCCAGCGGAAGGAACAAUUAGUACACCGAACAUGAAGUACUACGUACUUGCUCAAUACACGCGCCACAUUCGCCCCGGCAUGGCCAUACUCUCGACGAACAACAAACAAACCGUCGUAGCGUACGAUGCUGCAUCCAAAGUGCUGGUGGUGGUCAUGGUGAAUGUAGCCGACGCGGUAACGAACAUCACAUUCGACCUGUCAAGUUUCAAGUCGGUGGCGGGUCCGGUCGGUGCUUGGACCACAGAGACGAGCGGAUCGGGAGGGCGGUACAAGCCAUCGAAGAUCGAACUGACUGGCAAGUCGUUCAGCGCUGCGAUUCCGGCGGCAUCAGUGAUGACGUUUGAGAUCUCAGGCGUUGGAAAAUAG